CGUUUAUAUUUCCCGACUUCCUACCGCAAAACCGUCUUCUGGGUCCCAAUAACGAAACUCAUUUAUAGUUAUCGUUAAAAGAGUUAGAUCCUGAUGUUUCUUGGCAAUAGUUAGGCGUCAGAAACCGGUUAAUACGAUGCUCUGAGUACGAUAACCUGGCAGACGUGGCCACCGCUCAGAUUCUACACUUGAGGACUCCAGUGCCCUUCCUGCAUCCAUGGGUCCAGUUGAAGAAGUAUUCCUAAUCUUUUCAACACUAAUCAUUUGUUUGCUCGGCUUCAUGCUGUGUCGAGGAUUCUGGGCCAUCACCACCAUCCCCAGGGACGUGAGUGCUCUUCUGCGAUUCUUAUGGGCCCAACACAGGGUACGUCAUGCCAAGAACACAAACUCCACAGUGUCUGCCCUGUUCCAAGAUGUGGCACACCAGAACAGUAAUAAGACAGCCUUCCUGGAAGAUGGCAGGCAUUGGUCCUUCCAGCAGGUUGAAGAGCUGAGCAAUCAGAUCGGCCACUGCUUCUCUGCUGACGGCUUCAGGCCUGGGAACGUAAUUUGUGUGUUCAUGGGCAACAGUGUAGAAUACGUGUGUUCUUGGUUAGGACUCAGCAAAAUUGGCGUGAUUCCUGCUCUGGUGAACCCACAGGUGAGGGAUCUUUCUCUCCUUCACUGCAUCCAAGUGGCAUCAUGCAAGGCUAUUCUGUGUGGGCCAGACCAGCAUAAAGUUCUGAACAGCCUGACCGAGAGGACCUUCAUUGCCCAUCUCCCAGUCUAUGUUUGGGACACCCAUAGAAGGCACAUGGAAGUCAAGGGUGCCAUAGAUCUGCAAGAGAGGCUCACUGCUGCUCCCUCACAUGCACCCCCAAAGCCAGACAAUGUUGGAUACCGAAGUGACCUGCUCUACAUUUACACUUCGGGCACUACUGGUAUGCCCAAAGCUGCCCCAGUAACCAACUCAAGGGCCAUCUUCAUGAUAACAGGAACACACUACAUGACAGGCAUGUCAAAAAAGGAUGUCCUCUACAUCCCGCUGCCCCUGUCCCACACCACCGGCGGCCUCCUUGGUGUGGGCCAAACCUUACUCUUUGGCUGCACAUCUGUCAUAAGAAAUAAAUUUUCUGCUCAGAACUAUUGGAGUGACGUGUGCCAGUACAAUGCUACAGUUGGAAUGUACAUCGGAGAGUUGUGUAGUUACCUCCUGGCUGCCAAAGAGAGGCCAGAGGAGAGAAAGCACAAGAUCCACAUGAUGACUGGCAACGGGAUGCGGCAGGACAUUUGGAGGGAGUUUGAGAAGCGGUUCAGAGUGGGCGCUAUCCGGGAGUUUUAUGGCUCAACGGAAGGCAACGCAUCACUCGUGAACACGACAGGCAAAAGAGGUUCAUUAGGUUUUGUCUCCCUCAUCCUGCCCAAAUACUACUCGGUGGCGCUGCUGUCCUGCGACCUUACAACAGGCAAAUUGACUCGCUCAGAGAAUGGCCUGUGUAUCCAGUGUAAGCCAGGUGAGACAGGUCAACUGGUUGGUCUGAUCGCCAAGGAUGACCCGGCCAGAGAGUUCCGGGGCUAUGUGAGCCAAGGUGCCACCAGGGAAACACUUGUGAGGGAUGUGCUGAGGAAAGGAGAUUCUGCUUUUCUGACUGGAGACUUGCUGAUGAUGGACCGCCAGGGCUACUUAUAUUUCCGAGACCGUCUGGGUGACACAUUCCGCUGGAAGGGAGAAAAUGUGUCCACUAUGGAGGUGGAAGCGGCUAUCAAAAUGGCUCUUGGGAACACUGUUGAUGUGGUGGUGUAUGGAGUGGAGGUGAAGGGACAUGAUGGGAAGGCAGGAAUGGCAACUCUUUUGGCCCAAAACAAUACCCUGGACCUUGAUGCCCUCGCCCAGCACUUGGUGGCUGCCCUGCCUCCCUAUGCUGUACCUCGCUUCAUCCGCAUCACCACUGAACUUGAGCUCACAGACACCCUAAAACUGAAAAAGUACCAGUUACAGCAGGAAGGAUUCAACCCCAAGAGUAUAGACGAUGACAUGUAUUUCCUCAACCAAGCAGACGGUCAGUACGUUCCUCUCACCAAAUUUCUCUAUCAACGCAUCUUGGCUGGCGAGGAGAAGCUCUAAACUAUUGGCAUGAAGGAGAGGUGAGUCACUAGUCUAAUAGUUUAAAUGACUAUAUAGCCAUUAUUAUGAUGGAAUUUUCCUAAAUUAAAUAUUUGUGCAUUAGUUUUCAGGAACCAAUUCCUUGAUUUUUUAACCCAAAGAAUAGCUCAGGCAUGAAAGAAAUUUUCCUUUGUGCAAUCUAGGAAACCGGAUCCAAAUAGAAACUUCAUUGGUUAUGUUCACCUUCUAGUAUGUGUCAUUCCUGUUAAUUGUCAUACAAGGGAAAAAGUUGAUUUUGAAAUGAUGCAGCCUGGACUGACACCAAAUUCCUGGCUAUAAACAAAAUUUUCAUUCAAUUUGCAAUGUCCAACUAGAUUUCAAGACCUGCCGUAUGUCCUAGAUUUUGGUCUUGGCCCUAAAGGUCAGCUUUACUUGACAUCCGAGACAGAGGUCCAGUUUAUAUAGGGUUUACUGUUGCCAAAAUAAUGUUUUCAUCAAACUUUGUACAAACAAUAGUUCAUGCAGAUAUGUAGCUUACUUCUCUUUUCUUUUUUUUUCAAUAUGAAUACUUUUUAGAAUAUGAAUUGGUGAGCACUAUAAUCAUUACAUGUUUCACAAUCAGGAUAUCAGCUGCACGUAUACCAGUCCAGGCAUCCAAGGCCCUCAAGUGUAAUGGGAUCAAGCUCAAAUUUUUGGACUUGAAUGAGGGAAAAAUUACUUUUGGUUCCCAGCCCCAAAAUCCAUUUUUAUUUUGAAAAGCUGCCUGCACCUCCCCACACAAGUAAUUAGUUUUAUUAUUCAGUUGAGUAAUUUUUUUAUCAGGAGUGUUGCUGAUGGAUCAUGGAAAAUGAGCAUCUUGAUUGAUGGCUGCUUAUGUUUCCUUAUUAUUUGAAUAUAUUUUAAAAUGCACUCCUUUUUGUAAUUUUUAGUGAUGUGGCUUACUAUGUUAUUAUUUAGACAAUAGUAAUGACUAAACUUUUAAAUAAGA